UUUCAGCUCAAUCGGCUGUAAUUUUGCGUAGAUAUAGCCGUUCAUUUUCGUAACGCAAUUUAGCCUCCUGACCCAGGCCUUAAACUACUUGAGUUCUGGGUGCUAAAUAAAUAAGCUAUAGAGGUGCACCAUACAAAGACAUCAUUAAUUAUAAUAAUCCUGUUGGAGGCUCUAAAGGAAGCUUAAAACCUGGGUAAGUUGUUCUCCGACUCAUUUUGUAAUGACACGUCUCAAAAAUCAAUUUCGAAAACAGAGUUAGCAUCUUAUGUUUUCUUGUUUUGAGAGGAAGGAAUAGCUAAGUGUCUAUUGAUUCAACUUGAAUCAAAGGCGUGUAAACCUGGUAAGGAAUAUUCAUCGGUGGAAAGCAAUCGCUUUUUCUCGAUGGGGAGUGUUUGCAUGACUUCCUAAACAUAGCAGCUGCGAAGAUGACUUAAGAGACUGUUUGUUGUUAAAUGAUGUGACUGAAAUUGGAGAGAUCUCUAAAAGUUAUAAGGUGAGAAUGCUGACCCUUAGUAGUGGCUCUUCGCUAAAAUGAUUCUUCAUGAUCUCGCUUUUAGCACGAAAUAACUUCCCAAGAGGUUCCUUAUUCAGAGACGUCUCCGUUGCCAAUCUACAAAGUUUAGCAGGAUAAUACAGGUAUGUAUUCCUUUAGGUCAUGCUUUGUCUAGCAUUACGAGAGCUACUGUAUACUAUUCAUCUAACCAGGAUAUUAUGUGCUACAAUUAGUUUAGAGUAAGUUGUGAAAAUGCGGUAAUAUUUUCGUUUUAAGCGAAAAUUUGAUCGAGAGAUCAUUUUGUUAUGAGAGAGCUUGAGAUUAUUCGAACUCAAAAUUCAGUGUUGCUAUGAGGGCUUUUGACUAAUACAGUUAUAAAUGCAUGAUUAUUACGACAAUAAUUAAAGAGUUGUUGAUUCUCAUUUUCUUCGAAGUUUAAACUGCCGGCAGUAGAUGCUCUGCCGAUCUCAUACAAGUGUACCUGGCUAUUUGGGUCUAUUUGACUGCAUGCCAUUAGGAAAUGAUAUUUGAAUAUCAAACCCCCAUUUUGCUUCCUAUAGAAUGCUUAAAUUUGACCUCUUUUCUGAACGAAACGAAUCGAAAACCUCAACAAUUUUGCAUAAAAAUUGCUUAAGUGGCUAGUAUUAAAAAGUUCCACUAAAGCAAGACUACAGAUGUGGAUGGCCGACCUGUUUUCUGAACGAAACGAAUCGAAAACCUCAACAAUUUUGCAGAAAAAUUGUUUAAGUGGCUAGUAUUGAAAAGUUGCACUAAAGCACCACUACAGAUAUGAAUGAACCUUGUUUUGUGGAUAAUGCUUCAUUACAUUCCUCAGUUAAACCUCACGGGCAAGCAUCAAUUCCCUUUUCAGUCGUGAAAUUGUCUUGCAGAUAAAAGGACUUGAAUAAUUCCUGGAAAUCUUGAGCUUAAUAUUGUAGAGAGAUUUUGAGAUUUUGCGAGAUUUUGCGUUACCCUAUUAUGCACAUGUCUCGGCACGUGCCCUCUGAUUAUUAGUUUGAUUUCAGCCAAUUAUCUACAUUAGUAUGAACACGUAACUAUGUAGUAACAUGAUCCAGCACCGUGCGCCAGCGGCACUUAGACGUCCUAGGAUAUCCCUCGUUUUAGUCAAUUAAAAAUGUUGUUCUUUGACUCGCCUGUUGAUUUGCACUGAUCUCGUUACAAAUGUGUUCCUUAAAAUUGAGAAACUACACAUUUAUUUCGUUUUAGAGGAGUUUCGCUUUCCUAAAAAAUGAGAGAGUUACUCUAUGCUAUUCCUAUGAUCAGGAUAUUCUGUGCCCCAAUCAUUACAGAGUAAGUUAUGAAUAUGCAGUGAUGUUUUCGUUUUGAGCAAAAAUCUAAGCGAGAGAUCGAUAAUUUUGUUAUGAGAGAGCUUGAGAUCAUCUGGAGUCAAAAUUCAGUGCUGCUAUAAGGGCAUUUGCCUUAAAAAAAUUAUAAAUGCAUGAUUAUUAUGACAAGAAUUGAGAGAAUUGUUGAUUCGCACUCUUCAAAGACAAACUGCCGGCAGAAGUGCUCUGCCGAUCUCAUACAAGCGUGCCUUGCUAUUUGGGUCUAUUUGAGUGGAUACCAUUUUGCCCUCUUAAGAGGCUGUCUCUCUUAUUUCCACCCGGUCAAUAUUGCGUCAAAAAUAAUUUUACCUGAAACUCUGUUAACAGAAAGACUUUAAGACCAAACAACGAAAGAAUAUAUCUAAAUCAUAAAAGGAUCUCCAUUUGCAAUGUUGUUUCAAUCUCCUGCAACCUUGCCAACCUCUUAAAACAGGUCGCUCAAUGGCUUACAAUGUAUUUAGAGCAAUUCUAAGUGCUGUUUCAUCGUCUUCGCUGCUCUUUUGAAAGGAAGUCCGUAAGAUACUUCUUGUCAGACGAUCACGAGGUUUUAAUUUUCUUGGUUUUCUUAAUUUGUAAUUUCGAUCAUUAAGCCUGCAUUAAAAUAAAGGUUAAGCAAAACACGAAUUCUAGGGCAUCGAUAAACUUUUUAACAGAUGAGGAUGCUACAUUCGGAAAGCAUUUGCAUCUCAUUUAAGAAGGUUUUCAAAAAGGUUUUCUCAAACUUAGUGACCUACUCCAGUUGGAUUCUGUUGGUGCGGGAUGGCGUCGGCUGUCGUUGUGAUUGCUUAAAGAGCCUUUAUAAAGCUUUCACAAGGAAGCAGGGGAAAGGAAAAUUAUAUUUCACCUUUUGUUUCAUGAUCAAGAAGCUAACUCAAUUCUGGGGAGCAAAGUAAAAUGAAUAUUAGCUAUAUAGGGGUAAAAGCAGUUUUUUCUCGCUCGAGCUAACCUUUAGGGCGUGAGGAAUUUCAAUAAAAACAACACGAUAUUUGGCCCAACAGCAAAGAUGGCUGAUUUCUGAACCAGAAAAGAUGAAGUAAACAGCUUCAGUUUUCAAUCCAGUGGGCAAAGCGUUUUGGGGAGUGAUUCAGCUAUUGUGUGCUAAAAACAAGAUGGCAGGAAUGCUGCCGAACGUCAGCAUUCCUGCCAAAUCUUACACAUCAUAAAACAGAGAACGUUUAAAUUAACACAUGAACUCUUCAAAUGUCCACAAUUUGCGUUAAAGAAAUGUUCCAACAUUCCACGUAGGAAGCCAGUGUAAGUUUACGAAAUCUGUUAUCGGCUUUCUAUUGUCUCAUUUUGAGACGGUAGAUAUCCUUGAAUUUGGUGGGAAAACUAAGCACUUCAAGUCCAGCGAACAAAGACAAAUUUUUCUAACGGAGACUGAUCGACAGACAAGCACAGUCGGAAGGAAGGGAAGCUAGAACUAGAAUAUCAUAAUUAAAACUUGAUGACGAAGAGAGACUUAGGAGUCGACCUUGAAGACAUUUGUAGAAAACGUGAGAUAAUACCUGGAUUUCAGAUGUACAUCACGGAAAUCAAUUCCAAACGUCAAUCAAAUUUUCUCUUUAGUUUAAAAGAGUUGAGUUGAAGUCGUUAUUGGAUAUAUUAAGAGGUUGAAAGGUUUUAGAUGGUUUCUCUCAUGUUGACAAAUUGCUGAAUUUGAAGGUGGAGUUGUUGCAAAGUGUUAUAAUGAAACACAUCAACUAAAAAUUUGACUGAUAUGUUAAAACUUUUCAACUGAUCAUCUACUGGCAGGUAUUUGUAUUAUAUUUCAACCCAACCAUUUUCCACAACUUGUAAACACCAUUACGAAAUAAUUAGUUGGAGAAAUGGAAAAUGUGUAGUUUAUAUACUAUGUUUGAAAUGCCAUGUCCAGAAUAAGCUAAAGGAUAGAGAGGGGUGUAAGCUUGCUUUUUUGUAUCAUUAAUUUGCUAAUCGCUCGUGUUGCCAAUGUUUUGAUGAGAUUGGGCUGUCAGGGCAAAGAGACUGAGUAAUUUGGCAAGCAAAUUGCCUUUUUUUAAACCUGGAAACUAUCAUUGUGAAAAGCUAUACCUGUACCCGAUAACUCAUUGUUAUUCUGAUAGACUAAUUUUAAGAAGGAUGCAAUAUUUCAUUACAUAAAUUUGAUGCAUAGGCCGUGCACAAAACUCUUAUUUGACUAUACUUUUAGAGUCACUACCAAUCCUUACACAUAAAAUAUCGGUAGGGUCAGAGGAAAAAUUAAUUUACAAUACAUCUGUAAGACUUCAUGUAAUUAAUUUGACUACAUGAAUAUUAACUGAUGCUACGAGAUUUGAGAAUAUUCAAAAGAGUAUAAAAUUUGGUUGAAAAAUUAAAAUUCAGCAAAGGCCUGAUAAACAAGAUUCUUAGAAAAAUAAAUGUGUACGAAUGAAAAAAGCUAAGCACUCGCCCGUACCUGUGCAGCUCACAGUAAAUGAUUGAAAUACUAAGGGUGCUGUAUACCUCAAGCACUCAGGUUGCCCCAGCUGAGGGACACACCUUUGAAGUGUUAUUUGAAGGGGAAUAUUUUUCUUCGCUUCGUAGGGGUGUCCGGCCAAAGUGAAUCAACAUGAGAAAUGUAAAAGCCACAAUUACUUUUAAUUAAACAGUAUUACAUUAAACAAUAUUUAACAAAUAGAGAAGCCUCGACUGUGUGCUGUUCUGUUGUAAAGCAUGCAUGAAGCGGCUAGAGCACGAGAGAAGUGUAGGGAGAAACGGGAGAAGUAGUUUAAUGUUUUUUAUCACUUCUUGCAACAUUAAUGUCAGUUAUUUGCCAAAGAGCAAAAUGGGUCAAUGCUGAACUUAAACUAAAGUUUUCUACUCUUUCAUGGACUAUGGGACACUUUAAAAACAAAAUAAGAGCACCUUAGGGCCCGAAAAAAAAGUACAAGUUGCUUUCACCUUUAGUCACUUUCUACAAAAAGAGAGUUGAACGUGCUAAAUAAAAAUUUUGAAUCACCCACUCUACUUACAAAGUAAGACCGCCAAAGAAGUAAGAAAUUAUCAACUAGCUUAUAAUGUUCCUUUGGGUUAGGAUUUAGAGGGUUCUCUUAACUGAAUGGUUUAUGCUAGUAUGCUAUUUCCAUUCCCCUUCCAAUACUCAAAUAAGUUAAAAACACAUAUGCGAGAAAAUUCUUGCUUGAUGCCAGUUUUGUCUUUUAACAACAUUCCUUACGAGGUAUACAGGCAUUAUAGUAUGAGUACAGAAAGCAAUCCAUUAGUCUCGCAAACAGGUCGAAUUUAACAAUUCUUAAGAGGCUGUCUCUCUUAUUUCCACCCGGUCAAUUUUGCGUCAAAAAUAAUUUUGCCUGAAACUCUGUUAACAGAAAGACUUUACCUAGGAAAGAACUAAAUUAGAUUUGGUUUGAUUCGAAAUAAUUUUCUGACUGCAUUACGGGCCAUAAUUAUUUCCCAGUCCGUAGGGACCGUCGCAACGUCUCGAAAAUUGAAAAAUAGGCAUAUUAUGUAACGUUGUAAAAUAUUUGAUUCGCAUAGUUAAGCCACAGAAUUUAUAUCAGAUUGCUUAAAAACCUUUUCUAGUUUGCCAAGAAAGUUAGAAUUUGCCCUCUCAACAUACUUGAAAAGGCGAAUUUUAGCAUAUUCUGACCACUAGAAAUCGCCAUCGGCCGAUGGUCGUAAAUAACCUUGAUUUAGACGCUAAGUUUUGGGAUUUAGGACCUGGUUGACGAUUCUAUCCUACACAGCCGUUAAGUUUAGACCUUUAUAGGCAAAAAUAUGCAAAAACCCUUGUACGUUUUCGAUUUUUCAAAAGUUAUGACCGUUUGAAUCAGCACAUGUACGAGCAUUCGCGAUUUUUUCGCCUACACCAAAAUCGAACCACUGGAGCAGAUUUCGUCAUAAAUACAGCUUACCCGCUUUGCAGCCCGGCUUCAUGGCCCCCCAUCAGAAUUUUUCUAAUAACCAAAUUGGUGAAAUCCAUGACAACUUCAACAAAUAGCUAGGUAAUGCCUUCGAAAAGUAGGCGGCAUCCAUCGUGAUUCGUGGUAUCAAAACAAAUGUCGGAAUUGGCCACAUUUCGCGGUGAAUCACCCAUUUAACAUCGCUGCAGAGCUGAAUUUUUUCCAAAAUCAGAAUAUAAACUCUCCAUGUCUGGAAGCUGAGGGAGAAAUGAAGGUUUUAGGCUUCUGAAGUGAAGAAAUAAUCGCUUAAAUUUAGAUCCAGUUCGAUGUUAUACUGUUCUCACAAAGGUCCGCACAAAAGAGAAGACCGCUGAUAGCUUGUGCUGUACGUUGUGCCAUACGGUUUUGUUUUGUAUCCCAAUGUAAUAUUUGGGCAGAAAAAUUUUGGAUGAAAAGAAUAAAUGCUUGUACCUGGAGUUUGAUAUCAUAUAAUUAAUAAAUUAAUUUCAAAUAUACCUGAGCUUGCUUCUCUCGGUUUUUUUAUUUUAUUUAUAAAAAUAAACAAAUAUAAACAAAAGCGAAGGGCCGACCCCACCCAAGUUGCAGUGGACAUGCGAAAUGCGAAAAAUGAAUCAAAUGCACGUUUGUUCACUAGAGAACAGUGGCUGACAAAGAGCCAAGUUCAGAGCUUUUUCUCCCGGCUAGCAGCAAUGCGGCGAAAAGAUCAGGGUGUGAUCGGGAUAUCACUGGAUGAGGAGGAAGAUGUCCAAUGCGUCCAGGAAAAUUCCGAGAGAUAAGAUCUGGUAGACAAAGUUAACAAAGAGAUCAAAGUCUCACAUCCAAUCUGCUACGAUACGUAGGACCUCUGUGAACGUUACCACAAUAACACACUUCAGAAAUUCAAUGUGGUUUUGUAGAGAGCCAUCUGUAGUCAUUUUGAGAUCCCUGUAAAAUUGAGAGACAAAAAACAGAUCCUCAUAGACAAACUGUCGGACGUGAUUAGUGAUUGUCAGUGUGUUUCUCAGUAGACUUAUGUAAACAAUGUCUUAUACGGUGGCUGAAAGUGUAGAAUAUGCUCUACAGAUACAAACUACAUUUACUUCCGAUAUCAAGUUCUGACGGCGUUGUUAUAAUGUAAUAUAUUAUAAUAUCUAGUAGUCAGUGAAAUGUUUUGAUGAAACCGAUUGAAAAUUUACCAAAAGUAACACUUAUAACAUCUGUUCAUACGAAGCAUGUGUCAAGUUUUUAUCACGUUGGUAGCUGAUUUCUCCGGCUAUUGACAGGUUGCUGUUCUGUGGACACAAUCGACGCGGUACCGAGAGAAGCAAGCUCAGGUAUAUUUGAAAUUAAUUUAUUAAUUAUAUGAUAUCAAACUCCAGGUACAAGCAUUUAUUCUUUUCAUCCAAAAUUUUUCUGCCCAAAUAUUACAUUGGGAUACAAAACAAAACCGUAUGGCACAACGUACAGCACAAGCUAUCAGCGGUCUUCUCUUUUGUGCGGACCUUUGUGAGAACAGUAUAACAUCGAACUGGAUCUAAAUUUAAGCGAUUAUUUCUUCACUUCAGAAGCCUAAAACCUUCAUUUCUCCCUCAGCUUCCAGACAUGGAGAGUUUAUAUUCUGAUUUUGGAAAAAAUUCAGCUCUGCAGCGAUGUUAAAUGGGUGAUUCACCGCGAAAUGUGGCCAAUUCCGACAUUUGUUUUGAUACCACGAAUCACGAUGGAUGCCGCCUACUUUUCGAAGGCAUUACCUAGCUAUUUGUUGAAGUUGUCAUGGAUUUCACCAAUUUGGUUAUUAGAAAAAUUCUGAUGGGGGGCCAUGAAGCCGGGCUGCAAAGCGGGUAAGCUGUAUUUAUGACGAAAUCUGCUCCAGUGGUUCGAUUUUGGUGUAGGCGAAAAAAUCGCGAAUGCUCGUACAUGUGCUGAUUCAAACGGUCAUAACUUUUGAAAAAUCGAAAACGUACAAGGGUUUUUGCAUAUUUUUGCCUAUAAAGGUCUAAACUUAACGGCUGUGUAGGAUAGAAUCGUCAACCAGGUCCUAAAUCCCAAAACUUAGCGUCUAAAUCAAGGUUAUUUACGGCCAUCGGCCGAUGGCGAUUUCUAGUGGUCAGAAUAUGCUAAAAUUCGCCUUUUCAAGUAUGUUGAGAGGGCAAAUUCUAACUUUCUUGGCAAACUAGAAAAGGUUUUUAAGCAAUCUGAUAUAAAUUCUGUGGCUUAACUAUGCGAAUCAAAUAUUUUACAACGUUACAUAAUAUGCCUAUUUUUCAAUUUUCGAGACGUUGCGACGGUCCCUACGGACUGGGAAAUAAUUAUGGCCCGUAAUGCAGUCAGAAAAUUAUUUCGAAUCAAACCAAAUCUAAUUUAGUUCUUUCCUAGGUAAAGUCUUUCUGUUAACAGAGUUUCAGGCAAAAUUAUUUUUGACGCAAAAUUGACCGGGUGGAAAUAAGAGAGACAGCCUCUUAAGAAUUGUUAAAUUCGACCUGUUUGCGAGACUAAUGGAUUGCUUUCUGUACUCAUACUAUAAUGCCUGUAUACCUCGUAAGGAAUGUUGUUAAAAGACAAAACUGGCAUCAAGCAAGAAUUUUCUCGCAUAUGUGUUUUUAACUUAUUUGAGUAUUGGAAGGGGAAUGGAAAUAGCAUACUAGCAUAAACCAUUCAGUUAAGAGAACCCUCUAAAUCCUAACCCAAAGGAACAUUAUAAGCUAGUUGAUAAUUUCUUACUUCUUUGGCGGUCUUACUUUGUAAGUAGAGUGGGUGAUUCAAAAUUUUUUAUUUAGCACGUUCAACUCUCUUUUUGUAGAAAGUGACUAAAGGUGAAAGCAACUUGUACUUUUUUCGGGCCCUAAGGUGCUCUUAUUUUGUUUUUAAAGUGUCCCAUAGUCCAUGAAAGAGUAGAAAACUUUAGUUUAAGUUCAGCAUUGACCCAUUUUGCUCUUUGGCAAAUAACUGACAUUAAUGUUGCAAGAAGUGAUAAAAAACAUUAAACUACUUCUCCCGUUUCUCCCUACACUUCUCUCGUGCUCUAGCCGCUUCAUGCAUGCUUUACAACAGAACAGCACACAGUCGAGGCUUCUCUAUUUGUUAAAUAUUGUUUAAUGUAAUACUGUUUAAUUAAAAGUAAUUGUGGCUUUUACAUUUCUCAUGUUGAUUCACUUUGGCCGGACACCCUACGAAGCGAAGAAAAAUAUUCCCCCUUCAAAUAACACUUCAAAGGUGUGUCCCUCAGCUGGGGCAACCUGAGUGCUUGAGGUAUACAGCACCCUUAGUAUUUCAAUCAUUUACUGUGAGCUGCACAGGUACGGGCGAGUGCUUAGCUUUUUCAUUCGUACACAUUUAUUUUUCUAAGAAUCUUGUUUAUCAGGCCUUUGCUGAAUUUUAAUUUUUCAACCAAAUUUUAUACUCUUUUGAAUAUUCUCAAAUCUCGUAGCAUCAGUUAAUAUUCAUGUAGUCAAAUUAAUUACAUGAAGUCUUACAGAUGUAUGGUAAAUUAAUUUUUCCUCUGACCCUACCGAUAUUUUAUGUGUAAGGAUUGGUAGUGACUCUAAAAGUAUAGUCAAAUAAGAGUUUUGUGCACGGCCUAUGCAUCAAAUUUAUGUAAUGAAAUAUUGCAUCCUUCUUAAAAUUAGUCCAUCAGAAUAACAAUGAGUUAUCGGGUACAGGUAUAGCUUUUCACAAUGAUAGUUUCCAGGUUUAAAAAAAGGCAAUUUGCUUGCCAAAUUACUCAGUCUCUUUGCCCUGACAGCCCAAUCUCAUCAAAACAUUGGCAACACGAGCGAUUAGCAAAUUAAUGAUACAAAAAAGCAAGCUUACACCCCUCUCUAUCCUUUAGCUUAUUCUGGACAUGGCAUUUCAAACAUAGUAUAUAAACUACACAUUUUCCAUUUCUCCAACUAAUUAUUUCGUAAUGGUGUUUACAAGUUGUGGAAAAUGGUUGGGUUGAAAUAUAAUACAAAUACCUGCCAGUAGAUGAUCAGUUGAAAAGUUUUAACAUAUCAGUCAAAUUUUUAGUUGAUGUGUUUCAUUAUAACACUUUGCAACAACUCCACCUUCAAAUUCAGCAAUUUGUCAACAUGAGAGAAACCAUCUAAAACCUUUCAACCUCUUAAUAUAUCCAAUAACGACUUCAACUCAACUCUUUUAAACUAAAGAGAAAAUUUGAUUGACGUUUGGAAUUGAUUUCCGUGAUGUACAUCUGAAAUCCAGGUAUUAUCUCACGUUUUCUACAAAUGUCUUCAAGGUCGACUCCUAAGUCUCUCUUCGUCAUCAAGUUUUAAUUAUGAUAUUCUAGUUCCAGCUUCCCUUCCUUCCGACUGUGCUUGUCUGUCGAUCAGUCUCCGUUAGAAAAAUUUGUCUUUGUUCGCUGGACUUGAAGUGCUUAGUUUUCCCACCAAAUUCAAGGAUAUCUACCGUCUCAAAAUGAGACAAUAGAAAGCCGAUAACAGAUUUCGUAAACUUACACUGGCUUCCUACGUGGAAUGUUGGAACAUUUCUUUAACGGCAAAUUGUGGACAUUUGAAGAGUUCAUGUGUUAAUUUAAACGUUCUCUGUUUUAUGAUGUGUAAGAUUUGGCAGGAAUGCUGACGUUCGGCAGCAUUCCUGCCAUCUUGUUUUUAGCACACAAUAGCUGAAUCACUCCCCAAAACGCUUUGCCCACUGGAUUGAAAACUGAAGCUGUUUACUUCAUCUUUUCUGGUUCAGAAAUCAGCCAUCUUUGCUGUUGGGCCAAAUAUCGUGUUGUUCUUAUUGAAAUUCCUCACGCCGUAAAGGUUAGCUCGAGCGAGAAAAAACUGCUUUUACCCCUAUAUAGCUAAUAUUCAUUUUACUUUGCUCCCCAGAAUUGAGUUAGCUUCUUGAUCAUGAAACAAAAGGCGAAAUAUAAUUUUCCUUUCCCCUGCUUCCUUGUGAAAGCUUUUUAAAGGCUCUUUAAGCAAUCACAACGACAGCCGACGCCAUCCCGCACCAACAGAAUCCAACUGGAGUAGGUCACUAAGUUUGAGAAAACCUUUUUGAAAACCUUCUUAAAUGAGAUGCAAAUGCUUUCCGAAUGUAGCAUCCUCAUCUGUUAAAAAGUUUAUCGAUGCCCUAGAAUUCGUGUUUUGCUUAACUUUAUUUUAAUGCAGGCUUAAUGAUCGAAAUUACAAAUUAAGAAAACCAAGAAAAUUAAAACCUCGUGAUCGUCUAACAAGAAGUAUCUUACGGACUUCCUUUCAAAAGAGCAGCGUAGACGAUGAAACAGCACUUAGAAUUGCUCUAAAUACAUUGUAAGCCAUUGAGCGACCUGUUUUAAGAGGUUGGCAAGGUUGCAAGAGAUUGAAACAACAUUGCAAAUGGAGAUCCUUUUAUGAUUUAGAUAUAUUCUUUCGUUGUUUGGUAAAUAAACUACUUCUGGUGGCUGGUGCGUCUGCUGAUAAUGCCCACGGCUGAGAGGUUGUCCGAAGAAUGUAUAUUUAGCCGGGAAGCGAAGCUUUGAGGGAAAAUGUGAAAUUUUGAGGACAAUAUCUCAAAAAGAGACAUUAUCAGCCGACGUACCAGCGAGCCAGAAAGGGGUUUAUCUAUUCAUAACCCUGUCAUUAAUUAUUCAAUCACGCAAAAACCGCUUAUAAAAAAGGCCAGUAUUAAUCUGAGGGCUGAUGGCCAGCUUAUUGAUAUGACUAUCACUGGACUCUACAAAAGGAGUUUGUUUUUCUUCCGUGUAAAAAAAUAGAGAUAAAACUUUUUUGAAUAGAAUAAUGACGUAGACGGGGGUUACUGCGUGAUAGCUGUCUUAUGAUUUUGCACCACGUGACGUAAAGUAGCCGAUAAAAUCGCACAAAAUGGGAUAGUUAUGUAGUAUAAUCGAACUCCUGUUAAACAAAUUAAGGAGCCAAGCGAAAGGUUUUACCGGCUUACCGGCUUACACAAUUAGCUAACCACGAAAAUUGCCAUAAAAUACUUCUAGAACCAUCACAAUUCAAAAGGUCGAACAUAGUACAAUUGACAGAGCGCGUUAUAUCCGAAGUUUAUUAUUAAAAACUAUAAAACGGUAGUCGACGACGUUUCGACGUUAUGGUAACGUCAUUAUGAAGUAAAAAAAUUGCAAAAUUAUUAGGCUAUAAAUAGUAAAAACAACAAUAGGUACUAAUGAAGGCGUUUAAAAAAUAAAUAAUUUAAAACUAAACAAGUUUUUUUAAAAUGUGCUAUAUUGGUUUUAGAGGUAUUUUAUCGCAAUUUUUAGGAUUUUUUUAUAGUUAAAUAUUUGUUUUUAUAGUGAAAAGUUUUCUAUGACGCUUCUUUUUCUCCGUUUACUCAAUUAUCAUUUAAUGAUCACUCAACGAUCUUCAAAUGCUAUAGCCCUAGUCUUGCAGUUGUCUUUAAUAUGAAAAAAAAAAACUGAAUUGCACUUGUCAAGAUCCCCAGAACUAAUUUUUAUCCAUAUUUUCCCUACAUUUUUACUAUUCCUGAUGAAUACAAAACCAAGCGAGGAGUGUGGUCAUUCACGUACAGUUCGCUUAGGGUGCAACAACAUAUAAAGAUCGUUUUGUUCCGCAACAUUUUCUAUACCGUGCCAUCCACGUGCUGGUCCUAACACUUAAACUAAAUGAAAACAGCUGCCUGGGGUGACGGGUUUGACAAUUCUUUUAAUUUGUUUUAGGAAUCAAGAGAUGGAAACCGCAGGAUCAGCUGUAUCGAGUAGAGAACAGAAGUGGGAGGAAUUUAGAGAAACAGUACAAAAAGUUAAAGGGGAAUUGAGCUACAAAAUUCAUAGCUUAACGAAAGCCUUAAAAGAGGUUGAAGAGAUCUAUGAUGGGUACUGUAAGAAGUACCUCAGUGAACACCCUCUCGCAUCAGAGACAACUGAGCAGCCGCAGAAUGGCUUAAAGCAAAUAGUGGAUACGUCAGAGGAAGACCUAAAAACGGCAAAAUCUGAAGACGUAACCAUAAUGAUUGUGUUUGUGGGACAAACAAGCACUGGAAAAUCAUCCUUGAUAAACGCCUUACUUCGAGACGACCGUCUUCCCACUGGACCAUGUACAUCAACGAUGUGCAUCUUUGAAGUUCGUCCUACAGAUAAGAAACUGUGGAGCAUUAUUGACACUGUUAGUGGAACCAUACUCACCGAAACAAUGAACAAAGAAGAAGUAAAGGAAUAUUUAGAUGCACUGGCUGAUGACAAAACUGCUAGAGAAAGAGGGGAGCAAAAUGUCAACUCUGAGAGUGAAAUACAAGUAAAUUGGCCCUGUUACCUCUGCAAUCUACCAGAAGAUAUCGUCUUGGUAGAUACACCCGGUUUAAAAGAGAAUGACGCAUACGACCGAGCUGUCGCUAACUCCUGCAAGAAGGCAGAUCUAAUUGUGGCUGUGGUGGACUUCAUGUCGCUUUCCAUUAAGGAUGUAAGUACUGUAAACACGGUUCAAAACCUAGAUGGGACAUCAUAGUAGUAUUUUAGUGCGGGGGCAAUUAAAACUUAUCAUGGUGCAUCGUUCAUUGAUCUUAUAUCGAUCAUUUUGAUUGUUUUUUUGAAAUUAAAUCGGUGAGAUGAAAAGAGGUGGAUACAUCGAGAAACUACUUCAGUUUUUUUUUUAAAUCGAUAAAACUGUCUGUGCAUCUUUUUGGAUUGUUUUAUUACAUUCAAGCACCCAAAUGUAAAGGAAUAAAGACAGAGGUGUUUCCUCAGUCACUAGCGAUUCUAGUCCAUCAAAAGUUUGUCUAAAAUAAAGGCAGAACAAAAGAAGUGGAGGUUUUGUUCGCUGUUUAAUUAAUAAUGCUUUCGGAUCGAUAUACUUAAAUAAAAUACCAAAAUAGCACAAAAAAAAAAACAACAUACAAAAACAACGAAAGGAAUUGUUCGCUACAUAUAUGUUAUUUGCCGGCUGGGAGGUCCGUAUCGUGAAAAACUGUGACCUCGGUCACAGUUUUUCACCAUACGGACCGACCCUUAGCCGGUAAAUAACAUUUUUUUUUUUGAAACUUGAAGAAAUUCUUUCCGAAAGAACCCGAAUGAUUUAGGGCUGUAAAUACGGUAAGAUCUUCCAUAAACUGAAACGUUUUUGAGCGAGUAAACGGUAGUUAAAAAAAUAGAGGUGAUGCAAAUUCAAGAGAGAUGCCUCAGCGAAACAUUUUCAUUUCCGUAACGAUAAUUUAAAAGGCUUCCAAACAAACUGACACCUGUCAAUUAGAGAGCGCGUAAGUAAAAAAAAGCGUAAGAACAUUUGAAAAACAACGGAACUAGUUUGGAAAGGCUGUCACGACAAUGUUUUCUUCAAAAACAGUCUGAUUUAACGGAAAGUAUUAUUCACUCUCAUCGACGAUUCAUUCAUGUACGAAGAUUUACCUCUGUUCAUUAAGUAAACGUUGAGGAAAGUAAUUGUGAGUAAAUUCAAUUUUUUUAUUUUGAAUUUGUGAGAGUUUGCUCGUUUGUUUGCUGCAGUGGCGUGUGUAAAUCUGGUCUUUCCUCUACAAAAAGUAAAUUCGAAUGGCACACUCCAACGAGACACAAGGGAUUUAAUGCGGCCUUUUCUCAAAAAAUUCCUUCAGUUUCUGUUGUGCAAUUUACGGUACAAAUGUUCAAAUUGAACGGACUUGGAAAGACUCACCGUGAACGUUUAUUUCUUGUAGAACUUUAUUUAAAACUUCGCUCGCUCUUUCACUGCGAACAAAUUGCUUGCGAAAAUUCAGAUAUUAAAUGAAUGAAAGUUCCAUCGUUUAGGUUAACUGUAACCAAAUAACCUGUAACCUCACGUUUUAACUUUCUAGGUACUUUUUGUGAACGAUUAAAAUUAAUUGCAGACGGGUUUUAGGCCGCUUGCCAAGCAACGUAAUGUCACUAUUGUUUAUACAAAUUCAAUCUGAAACCAAUAUUUUUCUGUCAACCAAAGUGAUUUGAGUGAGAGAAAAGAGAGGAUUCACAAGUUAUUCAUCGGCUUGAGGUAGUGACCGACGUGUUUGCUUAAAAAUACUCCCCAGCCGGAAAAACGAGAUAUAUUUAUGAAAAAUGGCAACGAAAGUUGGGAUGGACUCGGCGACUCACGAAAGCGUUACCGUGGCCCGUGGGCAGAGAUAGGAAAAUACUGACCGGGUAAAGAACCAAUCAGAUUGCAAGAUUCGUUACCGUGCCCUCUCAAAAAAAAAAUUAUUUUAUUUCGCUUCGAAGAUUGCAGAUGUGCUAAACGAGAAGCAGUACCAGUUCAAGUUUGGCGUCUUUCUAAAAUGGGAUGAAGUCACUAAAAAAAACCAGUGAAACGAAGCGGCAACAAGCAAGAGAAAAAAACAAAGAGGGAUUCCAACAGUUGUUGGAAGGCAUGAAAGAGGUUUAUUUCGUUGAAGCAGAGAAUGCCUCAGUAGCAACGGUAAGUUUUGUAUUUGUGUAUUCUGGCAAUCUAAUUGAAGCAGCCUGAAAUCGGAAAACGAGGCAAAUCGAGGUACUGGAGUAUUCUGUAGGUGACAGACGUUUACAAGUUGUAAAAUCAAUUUGAAGAAGGAAAUUGCCUAGGAGAAGCGAAGGAAUUCUGUAUAGACAACAACUGCCAACGAUUACAUUAACCAAUAUAUAGAAAAUGUUAUUUUUAACAUAAGUUAUUAAACGCAACGCGCACUCUGAUCGGUCAAAAAUCUCUUGUAUAUUUGUAGUAGAUAUAUCCGGCUACACCCGUUUUCAAAAACGUUCCACACUGAAAAUGUACUCUAAAUUUAUAUAUAUUUUUUUUUUUAACAUCAUUUCGUCAUGAACGGCAACGUGUUUUGUCUUAACUUAAAUAGUUACUAUAGCAAACACGGUUCUUGGAUCUAAACUCCCGCCUUUGAUUGAGGCCAACAGGGUAAAGCGUAAACAACUGGGCAGUCCAAUUCGCCUUCCUAGCUUGAAGCAAUCGAUCAAUAUGAACGGCGUCCUCCUUGCUCGUGAUUUUUUUUCAGAAGGGUGUCAUUGGAGUGAUGGCUAUUACGGCUAACGGUUAAGAAUUGGCCACAAUACGGUUAACGGUCAUAUCAUUCCAUUUUUGUCACCAGAAAGCCCAAGAAAUUUACACCAUUCACUCUUCCAGUGAACUAAGAGCUUGCUAUGAUAUUCUUUCUGAUGCGUUGCGUGGAACGCCAUAUCAAUCACUGCAGCCGAGUUUUACGGCGCUGUCAUUCCGAGCAAUUCUCAUGUUCCAGUGAAUUCGGCUCUCGUUCGUUCAUAGAACGUACGCCUUGAGCUGUUCGUUUUUUAAUUGUCAUGUGAAAAAAAACUUGCGUGUUUUUAUGAGCCACAAUUCGGCCGGAUCUCACUGAACAUUUCACUGACAGAUUCAGUAUUAAAUUAAAAAAAGAUUCACGUAAAAGUGUUAAAUUCGACCUGCCGAUCUGUUGCAAAUUGCGAACUUUGAUGGUUUAACAUUUUGACAGCUUUUGUGUUGUCCAACCAAUCGUGUUAUUUGAACCAUUCUAAAAAGGAUUCUGAUGGAUUAUUGUAGUGUGUUUUAUGAGAGUAUAGAGUAUGCUGACGACACUCUUGCUCGCUUCAAAUAUUAAAAUUUGUUUUGAAAAUUGUAAGUAAUGCGUGGGGAAUUUGACGGAUUCUUUAUUCUAAACCAAUUAAAGAAGUCUUGAAUUUGUUCUGCUGUAAAGUAAUUGUAAAGUAGCUAGAAGGAAGCGGCUAAAGCACUCAGGAAGUCGGUGGUGAUCCCCUUACUCUUCUUUCGUGCUUUAAACGUUCCUGCCUGCUUUAUAACAGAACAGAGCACAGUCAAGGCUUCUUCAUUUGUUAAUAACUAUAUACCGCACAAGUGAGUUGUGCUUUUCGCAUACGGUGAUCGGCUAGUUCGAAAAUGAAUGACAAGUACCUCCGAGCAGCCAAUGAGACCAAAUCUUGAGUUAAUUUCCUACAAUUUUUCGGAAUAAGUUUUUGGUAUCUGUGUGGUAUAUACUGAGGAGUUAUUCACCUUAGUGAAUAUUUACCUCGCUUAGGUAUACACCUAAGUGAUAUUUACCUCGCGCUUCGCGGCUCGGCUCGGUAGAUAUCCACGACUACUACUACUUCCCCAAGUAUAUGCAGCAACCACAACUACCACUAUCAAACCACCACAACCAAAACCACUUCAACACCACCAUCACCACUACCACUGCUGCUACCACCACUAAUACUACCACCACUAUUGCUGCCACCGCUACCACUACUGCCAUCACUAACACCACCACCUACCACUACCACUUCCACUGCCACCACCACACCACCACACCACUACUACUGCUUCCACUACCGUUUCCAGCACCAUCAUUACCACCACUACCACAGCUAUAACCACCAUCAUAACCUAACAACCACCACCGGAACAGCCAACUUCAUCACCACCUGUAUCAAAACCAUCACUACAAGCACCACAACCACAGCUAAAGCCACCACAACCACCACAGUCACCACCUCUACAACAAUCACAAACAUAACCGUACCACUGCUUCACAUCGAACACCAAAAGUGCCACCACCACCACCACCAUAACCACCACCAAACCACUACCAACACCACUACUCCAAUCGCCACAGCUACCACCACUAGAACUAUUGCUAAAACAACCACCAUUACCACAAAACCAUCAUUACCAUUACCAGAGGCACCAGCUCCACCUCCGCUAUUACCAGGACCACCACCGUUACCAAAACUAUCACUACUAGCACUUCCACUACCACCACUUUUACAAAAUUCAGCACCACAAUCAGAAUCACCGGCAACACGAACACCACUAUAACCACUACUAUUACACCAACCAACGCCAAAACCAGCAUCAACGCAACUACCACAACCACCACCACCACCACGACCAUAAAGACCAUUACAACCACCACUACCACUAAUAAUACUGCUUCUACUCAUACUACCAUUGCUACUUUUAAUAAUGAUAAUAGUAAUGAUAAUAAUGAUGAUUAUAAUGACAAUAAUAUUAUAAAAUUAUCGUUAAAAAUAUUAUUAUCAUUUUUAUUAAUAUUUUAAUUAUCAUUAUUAUUAUAAAAAAAUCAAACGAUUUCUAAUGGAGUAAAAUACAUCAUCUGAAAUUUUAUAGGAAUUAAAAAAUUAUACACAAAUCUCUCGGAAACGUUCUCGAUGAAACAUUGGAUACCAAGGGGAGAAGUACUGAAUCGGACUGACCUCUGUGCCAUUAAAUCUAAAAUGACUUAGGACUUCCUUUGCGUCACGAAAUAGCAUUCUAGAGCCUCUGAAACUCAUAUGAAGAGAUCUCAAAUCUCAAAUGAUAAACAUUUCUUAGUCAUGAAUCCAAUCCUCUUUAAGAGUUUCUCCGCGCGGUUUCUCAGGAAAAUUUUACAGUCAGCUCCCAUUCCGCCGUUUGUAGCAAAGACGAGAGGUAUAGAGGACCCUAUCUCCAACUCCAAUACACGUUAUUGGUAUUACCCUUUCUUCUCGUUCUCUGGCCCUUUGAGGAUCUAUGCCGUUGGCUUUUUCUCGUAACUCUUUCAGUUAAAACGUGUUACACAGGCAUAUAUCAAUUGAAAAAUCAACCUGCUUUUUUGAUCGAUUAAAAAGUUGACCAAACCUCGCUCCUUCCCGGGUCAAGUGGUUAUAAGAGCUUUAAGAGAAUUAUGACGACAGUACUAAAGAGACAAUAAUAUUCCUUGGCCACUGUAUAUUAUCCCGAACUCAACAAGAAAAUUGUCUUCUGAAAAGACCACAUGCGCUCCUUUUACAAACUAUGAAACUUUGGGAAAGGUUUAUCCGGGUUAAUUUCUGGGUGCAUCGUCAAGAAGAUGUUUGUAUGUAUAACUUUAAUUAAGAGAAAUGAAAGAUGCAAGAGGAAAAGACUAAAAUUGAUCAAUUGUUUUGUGAUUAUUUUUAUUAUUACAGGGAUUGUUACAUUAUUACAGACGGCAGGAGUAUCUUUAGCCGUAGAAACAUUAGCAGGGGGAAUGGGAACCUUGGGAUUCGGAACUACUUUUGGUUCUACAAAGUUGAUGGAAAAGCUCGUAGGUGUCGGAGUAGGACAGAGAAUAAGAAAUGCCAUUGGGCCGAGUCAAAUGAAGACGGGUAAACUUGAAGAGCACGUGCGGAAAAUUUUGGAGGAAUUUAAAGCACUACUAGAAAAAUAGACAGUAUCAGCAUCAGAGAUUAUGAAACAAAACUCUGAAUCAAUUUCGUCACACAUAGAAAAGGCAAGAGAUCGUUCGUCUGAAGAAAUGUCAGCGCUGGAAAAGGAAGUGCAACAACUUCAGUGAAGUAUGGUCACGGGAACUUCUUGAAAUCACAGAUCGCCUGCAGGAUGUCGGGAGAGAAUUCGACGAACUGAAGCAUGGGUAAGUAUUGCCAUCAAGAAUGUCCCGCUAUGUCAAGUUUAUCAGAUCGGGAAGUUUAGGUAAAAAGAUAGUCGGGAACAUCUUGAGUUUAAAUGAUCACAAUCGCAGUUGUCUCUGCCACAGUUGCUAGACCGCGCAAGCCAAGAUUCUUUGUUUCUUGUGGUUACAAAUUAUGAAAAAAGAGAAAUUCUGGCAACUGCCAGUCACUGGAUGUUAGAAAAGUUCUAAUGAGUGGUAACAUAAUUAUGGUCAGCAGUUAAUUUUGAAUAUGUUCAUGCUUCGUCUCCUUGGGAAGGAGAUGGUAAGAAACAUUGACUUAAAUACAUAUUCAUUCGAUCGUUCGGUCGGUUUCACGACUCACGACAAAUUUUCCUUCUUUGCGACAUAGAGUGGAAGUGAUUUCAACCACGCGUUUUACAAAGAAUUCUUUUCAAAACCUAUCGCUUUAGUUCUGCUAAACUGUUCUGUUUCGUUGCUCCAUCUUCGAGUAUGUUGAUUACUACCAAUUGACAAUCGCACCAAUCAAUGUUUUCUUUCGUUUGGGGGCCAAACGUACUACAAAACAAAAAAACAAAAACAAAAACAAAAACAAAAACAAAAAAGCACAGGCGAAUGUUACUUGACCGAAUUUGUCUCAGGGAUAUUUUAGCUUUCAAGUGAAAUGUAAAAUCAUGCAUGAAAGAACGAGAAUAACACCGGAACACUGUCUAGUUGUUGUAAGAGAGGAUGUCAGCACCCAUCGAACAAAUUUGAAAUAAUUUGGCAAGUCGCCCAAAAUUCUAUUCCACUUCUACUGUCAUAUCUUGCAGCUCAAAAUGUUCUAUUAAUUAUGGUGUAGUUUUUUUCGUGAAAAAAUAUUUUAGUUUUCGAGAAAUUAUUUUUUUCGUUCGACCGCUUAAGCAUGCAAAUUUUCACUGUGAAUAUUACCCGACUUGUGUGACCUCAUGUAACAAAUAUACUCGACCUCCAGUAUUUCUGUUAACAUAAUUCUUUGUUUGUAUCUUCUAAAUUGAAUCCCCUGUCAUUAUUGAAGCUGGCAAAGAAAUAUUUAUUUUUUGGUGAAUAUUUUUGUAAUAUAUCUUUUCCUAUGUCGAAAAGUAACAUCCAAGAAAGACAGAAUCUACUGAACUCCAAGCUUUUUAAAGACAAAAGGAUGGUUAAAAUUUUCUGUAAAAAUUUCCUUGUGUAUUUGUGUUGUUCUACCUUGAGACGAACUCAAAGUCCGGCAAAAUUUGCUUGCUAGUGACUAUGAAAUUUGCAUGGUGUGCUAACUUGUCACCAGCGUUCACUGGCAUAAAUUACUACAAUUUGUAACACUCUUACCUUGUUUAUUUAUGAUUUUAUUAGUUGCUUCGAUUGUUACAUUACGCCUGGAUAUGAUUUUUUGACAUGAGCCCAGGUUUAUUGAGUUUAUUUGGGUUUUUCAUUCCAGAACGAGGUACGACACUUAUCUGUAUGAAUCCUCUUUAGGAGCGAGGGAAGCAUAGAAAAAGACAGAAAAGGGCAUAAAUACUCGUUUUUACAGGCUUAAUUAUCUUGCAUGUAAACACGAUAUGAAAUUCGGAAAUGGGUGAGAAUGCUUGUCGUAGAGGUCAAAAUCAGCGAUCUGGUACCUUUUACGGCGUCUCAAACUUAACUGUACUACCAGAGACCUAGCUGGUACGUUUUGGGGUGUUUUUCGCUCAACAAAAUACCUGAAAUAAGCAUAACUGGGUCGAUUUUAGUGAUCUGACUUGAGCCUCUAGAGCACAUCGAUCAAGGAGUUUUUAUUAUUGGGAUUUUAGGGGUAGACAUCGAUUGUUGCCACUCCCACACAGAUGAGACUCAGGUACCAUUUAUAAUUUUAUAGGAGUCGUUUUCGAAAUUCCCGGCACACACCUCCACCCUGUUAUGUAAAGGUGUCCCUCGGGGGGUGAUGAUACGUGCAGCACACUUGAAAUUUAGCAAGGAAAAAUUUUGAUGUGAUUUUUGGUGAAGAGAAACAAGUUUUGUCAGCGCCUAGCAGCUUGUGCGGAAGGGCCCUUUACCACCACCACCACCGUGUGCAUAAUUGCGCGUCCCGCCAGACGGCGGGAGACCAACAAAGUGUUCAGACAUUAGUAUAGAAAACUCCGCCUCUGUCUGGAUUUUUGGUAGCCUAUUGACCAAUUCCCAAUCGAUACUUAGGUCUUACGGGACGCGUAAUUUUGCUCACUGUGUUUAGAAGCCUACUUACCGGAGCCAGGCUGUAUGAAUUUUCUAUACAUAUUGAGUACAAUCUGUGAUACACGCCUGCCAAUUCCCCCAUCGGCUUUAAGAAUCGACUUAACCCUACCUUUAACCUUUACGAUAGCCGUACACCGCUCUAGGUACUCAACAUCUACUAUUGGAACCACGACUCCACCCAGCAUUGUAAAAUCAUCGAUAUCUGUUAGCGUCUCGAGGAUGUCGGCACGCGACAAAAUAAGAUCAACUUCAUUUUCUGGAUCUGAAAACUUGCAACUCCGCAAGUAACUUGAAAUGUCUUUUUUACAACUAUGCAAGGGAACGACUUGAGAUAUGCAACUUCGGUCUUCUCCAUAACUAUAGCCACAAGUUCCACCAGCGAACGAUUUAAAUGAACAGCAAAUCCCCAUGCUAACAUGUAAGGUGAGACGCUUAUACAACAGAUCAAUUCGCUAAAUCAGUAUGUAGCUUGUCAAUCCAAAUGACUUUUGUAACCAUUCUUUGACUUCCGCCGGCAAAGGAUUCAUCGAUGGAUCUGGACAUUUUAGUUUUCUGAACGCAGUAAUUCCUGAAAGGUUUUUCUAGAUAUCAUGCAAAAAGGAAUAAAAACUACCUCUUGGUAUUUCGGAGGUUGAUUCAUCUUUGAAUUUGUGUCACGCUUGUCAUGCAACUGAUUUUAUAAGAUGGAGAAGAUAUAUAAACUGGAACUCAAAUCUGGCUAGAAUGUGGUAAAGCAUAACGUGAUCAUAGAUCAUGGUACAUUUUUUACAAAUGGUAGUGAUGUAUGCCAGUAAACGCUGGCGACUUGUAGGCACAUCAUGUAUAUUUCACAGUCGCUAGCAAGUAAAUUUUGCCGGACUUUGAGUUCGUCUCAAGAUAGAACAACACAAACACACAAGGAAAUUCUUACAGUAACUAUUAACCAUCCUUUUGUCUUUUAAAAGCUUGAAGCUCAGUAGAUUCUGUGAUAUCGGUCAUUGUUCAAGUACCUUUCACAGCAGUCAACGGAAACUCUUGUCCAUGCAUUUAUAACGAGCCGCCUGGACUAUUGCAAUGGCCUAUUAUAUGGACUACCGGACUGCUUGUUGAAUAAGCUGCAACGAGUACAGAAUGCUUGUGCCAGAUUGAUUCUUAAAGAACAGAGAUUUUGUCAUAUUACGCCCUUAAUUUUUAAGUUACACUGGUUACCAAUUAGAUAUAGAAUUGAGUUUAAAAUAUUGUUAAUUACUUUUAAGAUUCUUAAUUUUUUAGCCCCUUCUUAUCUAUCCUCUCUUAUUUCCCUUAGACCCCCCCUCCAAAUAUAAUUUAAGAAAUUCCAGUGAUAAGCUUUUACUUAGCCAUCCAUCAUUUAAAUCGAAAGCUACACUGGGGGACCGUUCUUUUACCUGUGCUGCUCCGAAACUAUGGAACGAACUACCGCUGGAUAUUAGGAGCGCAAGAACAGUAAAUAUUUUUAAAGCUAAACUGAAGACUCACCUUUUUCGUAGUGCAUUUCUAUAGCUUUUUUUUUUUUUUUUUUUUUUUUUUUUUUUAUUAUCUCGUUUCUUAAAAUUAUUGUAAGUCUAUUUUAAUGAUAAUUUUUAAUCUUGUAAUGCGCAUUUGAACAUUUUAUGGAAUUUGCGCACUAUAAAUUUUUAAUAUUAUUUUUUUUUUUUUAAUAUUAUUGUUAAAAGUGUGUUUGUUUUAAUGCUACUAUUUGACAUAGGAAAAGUAUGUCGGACAAAGAUAUUCACCAAAAAAUAAAUAUUUCUUUGCCAGCUUCAAUAAUGACAAAUGAUUAAGUUUAGAAGAUAAAACAAAGGAUUAUGUUGACAGAAAUACCGGAGGUCAGGUAUAUUUGUUACAUGAGGUCACACAACUUGGGUAAUAUUCACGGUAAAAAUUUUCAUAUUUGAACGAUCGAACGAAAAAGAUCAUUUCUCGAAAACUGAAAUAUAUUUUCACAAAAAAACUACACCACAAUAAUUAGGACAUAUUGGCUACAAGAUAUGAAAAUAGGAGUGAAAGCGAAUUUUUGGUGACUUGUCACUGUUUGUCUUGUGCAUGCUGACAUUAACUCUUAAGUUAAUAUCUGGGUGAUCUACUCGUUCAUCCAAGAGAGUCAGAUUUAAGAAAUACAUUACUUUCAAUUGUGUUCUACAGGUUGGAAGUGAACGACACAGUUCCUUUCGAUGACCAGACAGAAAACCAGUCAUCCGCCUAAAUAGCUGUAUACAAGCCCUACACUGUAAUUUAGAAGUAGUCCGUGUUACUCAGCAACAAAUAAUUGUAGUAUUACUGUAAACUGACUGGAUUUAAUUCAAAUUAAGUUUUCCCGUUAAUAGUCAAUCAAGAAAACAACCAGUAGAACACUCAUUUUUCUUCAUCCAACAAAGCCAUUACGACUUUGUUAUCAUAUUUUUACCUUCGGUGGACUCAUCAGCACAUUUUCUAUAGUAACACAAUUACUUGGUCAGCAUAACCGUGUUUUGUAAAUAACCAAUCCAUAUUUUAAUUUCAUUUGAUUUCUCUGUAGAGCAAUGCUUAGGCCAGCCAGUCACAUGUAAUUGAGUCGAUCGUAAUUCCUUCUUAUAAGUGACAGUUGCUUUCAUCAAUAUUGAAUUCGUGGACCCAUUUCGUAUCACCCCUCACAUAGCGCUGCUGCGAAUUGGAUUUACUGCUUUGACUCUUAUAGUUCAUGAAAGACGUUAAGCAAAAUUAUAUAUAUUCUCUGGGCGCUUUGCCUUAACAAAACGUUGUUUUUCGCAUACAAUUACUAACUUCCCUGUCUGUCAUUAGGUCAAGAUAUCGAAGAGGAUGGUGGUCAAGUAGAAAUAGUGGUGCAAAUUUGCGAUAAAGCAAAAGCAAAGGAACAAAACGUCUUAACUUUCCGGUUCACAUUUUCAAAGCUACAUUAAAUAUGAACAAAUCUUCCUAAAGGCGAAUUUAGUACUUUAUUUAAAACAAAUACAUGAGGUGUCUGAAAUAUAUAUGAUUAUUAUGCAUUUCCAAGGCUCCAUUAAAUAUAAACAAUUUCUUAGUAACCUGAGCCUCUCUGCCCAAAGAAUUUACAUAUUGUGUGUUCGCUGUCUCUGCUGGUUAUAAUUUGACACCAACUAGAACACCUUUUAAUUUGCCAAGAAAAGUAUGAAUCGCAAAAUGUUUUGACCGAGAAGAAAAACACUGAAACUACUUGCAAAAUACUAUAUCCAAGCCAUAUUAAUGUAUUAAUUAACUAAUGUGGCCGUUAACAUAUCGCUAACAGACAAUAAUUCUAUGGAAAUGUUCAUAGCUGUACGGAAGCUCGGCUUUUUGCCAGUGAUCAAAGAGUCUGUACGUACGAAGAAACUGCUAGGAACAUUAAUGAGGUGAUAGUAACACUUCAUAUUCAAAAUCGUCGAUAAAAUAACCUUUGGUCCCUUUUGACGCAUCAACACUAGAUUUCAUGACAUUACCUGUAAAAACUAGUGUUACUCCGUAAAUUGAUUCUCAGAGGACCCGGGUUUUUUUUAAACCAAACCAUUAGUUACGGGUUGAAGGUCAAGAUUGUUUUUUUUUAUUUUUUAUUUUUCAUUGAACUCAGAACAUGAAAUAUGCGUUUUCAGUGGAAAAAUGCCAUUUUCAAAAUAACCAAAGUAGAUACUAAUAAGGAAGGAGUUACUUAGGAGCUUUUAAAGCGAAUAAUUCCUAAGAACAGGAUAUGAAAUGUAAAUAUAAAUAUGGCAAGGUAAUCUCUCCCUCCUCUUUUCCCAACAACCUUGCCAGAUUUGUCUUUCAUCGAUCGAAAACAUAGUUCGAGUUAUCGGUACCUCGCGACCGCACACGACUUUCAGCCUCCCUUGACCUCAACUUAUCAAAUAUAUUUUUUUUCAAGUUUAUCACAUGAGAAGACACAAGUGCUUUGUACUGUAAGUAUUAGGCCCGCUGGGCUCGUCUUUUUCAGGUGUGAUAAUCCCGAAGUUAAUUUGAUUUAAUCUCAUUAAAUAUGUCAUGGGCCGACUAGCUUAAAUUAUCAGCACUCUCGAGUUAGCAGCUGGAUAAUGUUACUAUGUCGAUAUUCCAAUGUCAUGGUUUUUGUCCGCCUAUCUUUUCUUUGCAGUUUCGUAUUUCAAGCGCGUGAUUCAGUAGCAGUAGAGAUGGCACCUAGGAAAGAUUUCUCGCCCUUCACUCCGGUCAUCAGCCCUGAAUUAAGCCCACAAUUGACUUGGUUCAUUCUAAGUUCGAAAGUUUGUGGAUCAACGCCGACGCAAUACUUUAAGCGGUCGCCUGUUGUCGCCAGUUUUCCAAGCGAUUUUCAAAGAAUCGACAGUGCCCACAUUCGGCUGCUAGAUGGCCACCAUUACUCGAACAAGAAGUCCUCUAAUGCAACGGAAAUUGUCUGUUCCUCGUUUGGGUUGAUAACCACUCUGCUUCGCCGUUCUUCUUCAGAAAGCUCUGAGUUCAUUUUGCAGCUGAGAGAUUUGCUGAACUCAGUAGAUCUCAGUGAAAUGUCUAUCGGCGAAGAAAAUGAAGGCCAAGCAAACAAAGAACGACCACGUGCUUCACGAUGCUUGGAAAUGCCAACGACACCAACGCACAAGACAUCAUCUGUGGCCAUGACACCCCCAAACAGUGGAAACUCGUAA